AUGUCGAAGCGGCCGGGCGCGACCAAGAAGAGGCUGAAGCGCGGCCUCUGGUCGCCGGAGGACGACGAGAAGCUCAUGAACCACGUUGCCCAGUACGGCUACGGCUGCUGGAGCUCUAUCGCCAAGAUUGCAGGCCUUGAGAGGUGCGGGAAGAGCUGCAGGCUGAGGUGGAUGCACUACCUGACGCCGGACCGAGGGGGGCCCUUCUCGCAGGGGGAGGAGGACCUCAUCAUCCACCUCCACUCCAUCCGGGGCAACAAGUGGUCUCAGAUCGCCGCGCAGCUGCCCGGGCGCACCGACAACGAGGUCAAGAACUUCUGGAACACCAUCAUCAAGAAGAAGCUCCGCCAGCGCCGCAUCGACCCUGCCAUCCACAAGCCGCUCGCUCACGCCGGCGCUGCCGCUGCCGCCACGCCCGUCACCCGCACUGCCGUAUUCAGCGAGGCCGAGCUGAUACUGUCGUCGCCCGUGGGGACGCAGCCCAUGCCGCCCCUGGUAUCGGCGGAGAGCUACGUGUACAGCCGGGGCAGCAUGGACGGCGCUGGCGGUGCGCACGCCGCGUUGGGCAGGUGCAGCGAUGACGGCUCCCUGUCGUCGCUGUCGGGGUACAACAACAACCAGACGGCGGACUUCCCCGGGUACCUGGACGCGGACGCGCUGCACGGCGCGGUGAUCCCGUCGGUGUGGAGCUCCAGAACGCUGAACUGGUGGCGGGCGUGA